AUGGAUCAACCGCCUCCGCCUCCUCAAUAUUCAAAUCCAGGGUCCGUCCCGGGACAACCCCCACCCCCACCGGGAGGUAAUACGGUGGUGUACACACAGCAGCCAACUUAUUUCAAUUCUAUGAUGUUCCGGGAAUUCCCCGUCGCUAUGACGUGUACAUAUUGUCAUGCAUCCAUUACCACGACUACCAGAUAUGAGACCGGGACCUUCACAUGGGUGGCAUGCGGAGUCAUCGCGUUUAUUGGAUGUUGGUUGGGGUGUUGUCUGAUUCCAUUCUGCAUUGAUGGCUGCAAAGACGUCGUCCAUAGUUGUCCAAGUUGCCGUCAAACCCUUGGAAAAUAUAGCAAGAUGUAGGAAAAUGAGAAUUCAUUUU